AAUCAGGAGAUCAUAUAGACUUGAGGGUUCCUUCCUCUCUUUAAGCAGCCCCCCAGCCCCCGGAGAGCUUCAGAAAGAGAGAGAAAGAGAAAGAGAGAGGGAGAGGGAGAGAGAGAGAGAGCCAUGGUCUCUAGGGAGCACAAGAGAGCUUCUCUGCAUGACAAGCUGCAACUCCUUCGCUCGAUUACGAACUCUCAUGCACUAAAUAAAACAUCCAUCAUCAUAGAUGCAUCAAAAUACAUCGAGGAGCUGAAGCAGAAAGUCGAAAGAUUGAAUCAGGAGAUUGCAUGUGCACAGAAUGUUGUUGAAGAAGACCCUAUGCCUAUGGUCACAGUUGAAACCCUAAAAAGGGGUUUCCUCAUCAAUGUGUUCUCAGAGAAGAGAUGCCCAGGAUUGCUUGUCUCUAUUCUGGAGGCCUUUGAGGAGUUGGGUCUCAGUGUGCUGGAAGCUAGGGCUUCUUGCACUGACACCUUCUGUCUAGAGGCAGUAGGUGGAGAGAAUCAAACUGAAAAUCUGGAUGCGCAAGUGGUGAAACAAGCAGUGCUGCAAGCCAUCAAGAGUUGCUCUGAAGGGAGCGAGCAAGAGUAAUUAUAGACGAACUUCGGGCGCAAGCUUUGACCGUUAGAUCCUUUCCUUUAGCAUUUUGUUAUGGGCUGCUGAAGCUCUUCAAUGAAGGAAGACUAUUCUAUGUAUAAUUAUAAUUAAAUGGCUUCUGCAGAUUAUGAGAUAUGGUGCAAUGCA